UUCUCACAGAAACAGCUGUUGUUUAUUAUGUAAUUAAUCUAUAACUGAAUGUGCGUGUGUGCAGUUUUCUUGUUGUUGUCGUGUUAUGGAAGCGCUACGACAGAUAUUACUGCCAAGUAUGGGGACGAUAUAACGUUAAGGUGCCCUGUGUCGGCAGAGCGACAUGUGAAGUACAGAGCAGUUAGUUGGUACAAGGUGUCCGACGACGGCCUAAGUGGGAUAUUCCGAUGGGACCAGCGGCGUGGCUCGAUACGGCUGUUCAAGGGCUUCAAUCGCUCCGUGGGCUGUCCAACGGGCGACGGCCUCUCGGUGGAGCUGCAGAAUGUGACCACGGAUGACCAAGGGGCAUACCGCUGCUCUCUUUGGGCUCCUGUGGGCCACCGCAACAGGGACGGGGAUGUCAAACUGAUCGUUACAGGUAUGGUCACAACCAGCCUUUUAACAGCUCUUCGUAAGAGAAUAUCAUGACAAAA